GCGGGAGGCGGGGCCACGUGACCGUGCGUGACGUCAGGGCCGCGGCGGAACCGGCCAAACUCAAGUUGGUUCAGGGAAUUGUCAACAAAGGGACCAGAGACGCGCAACUCCGCUCCGCACUGUGCGCCAGCAUCCCCCGGGCCCCGAGGGCGCUCCGGCCCGCCCGGAGACCCCCCGCCCAGGCUGGAGCCGGGCCCUGGGACCCAGGGAGCGGGUGGGUGUGAGUGUGGGUGGGUGUGAGCGAGUGAGGGCGUGGGCCUGAGAGCGUCCGCGGGACUGUGCGACUGUCGCUGCCCCGCCUUCCCCGCCCCCUCUCCAUUCCCCCUUCUCUGCCCCCCUUUGCCACACUCCUUAGACAGGGACGGGCGACCUAGAACGAGGUUCCCAUACCGUCUUUUGAAAAGCAAAACUUGGUCUCUGUUUUGCCUUUUGUUUUAUUGUUUUUAGCUUUAAAGAGUAAGAGCAGCGCACCCGGCUCCCUCCUGCUAAUUAGACUUCAGAUCCCUCUCUGGCCUCAGUGCUCAUUCUGGGGAAGACACCUGCUGAGAUGUCUUUUUCCCCCUCCCUCAACCAAACCACUUAGGUCCUGCCUGCUCUUUCCCGGCUGGAUGCGAGCGUGUUUUCCUGUAUGUAUUUUUUCAUGCGGCCACAAACAGCAUCAGCUGGGGUUCCCGAAGGUCAGAAAAUGGCUAUUGAUUAAUCUAUUAGAAUAGUUGCCGAGAGAAAUAAAAACGACGUAAAAUAACAGGGACCCUAUAAAUAAAGAAGCCAUAACUGGCUACUUGGAGUUGUUGAACGACUUAGCAUAUGAAAAAAUCGGAAAUGAGGCGCUGGGGAAGGAGCCGGCAUUGGCAGCGGCCCGGGUGUAGACAAAUCCUCCCAAGAUUUAACUUCCAAGGAAACCAGCGGCGGAGCGGUUGGAGGAGGCGAGGAUGUGUGGCCAGCGCACGCGGAGUGCAAGGUUGCACCGGCCCUAAAACGCAUCUCAGAGUUGAUUUCUGUAGCUUCACAGCUUUGUGGCCCGCAGGCUUCGAACCGUUUACCGUGCCGUCUAGACAGCCUUCCGCGAAACCGACCCGGGCUGAGCUGGCUGGCCACCGCCCGGAACUGCAGAGUUCGCGGUUGCAACUGCCUCAGCAACCGAAGGAGGGUCGGAAGGUCCAAAAAAAAAAAAAAAAAGAAAAUCCUGAAAUUUACACAUUCAGGAACUUCCUGUGCUCUGCUUGGGUUGCCCAGCCCUAGAGGCAGGGGCGCGGGGCGCAGCGCUGGCCCUGCCGCGGCCUUGGUGGCUUGGCCCGCGUGGACAAGUAAGUGUGGACGCGUGCCGGAGGAUGGUGGCUACAGGGCUCCCCUCACCGGUCUCGAAGUAGUCUCCAAAUGAGCCUAAUUUCGAUUCUGCCGCCCGCCGAGGCUAGCUCUCUGGAAUCCCUCCACGCCGCUGGUCGCUGCCUCCUACCCUCCCUCUGCCACGGCCGGGCCUGAUCCGUCCAUUCCCCGGUGUCUCCUUGGAACCUCCCUGGGGAAGGGGGUGGAGGAUGAACAACUCCCAGCUGCCGGUUCCAUUUGUUGCGCUUUUU